AUGGCAGGUCGCAAUCGUCCUGUCCAACACAAAAACCUCUCAACAAUAUUUUCGAAAUUACAAGGUGCAUUUUCCGACGUAGUUACUCACCCCAAGUAUGCUACCGAUAAACGAACUCUCGAUAAAACAUGGAAACUUAUGGAUAAGGUGGUAAAAUUAUGUCAACACCAGAAGAUGAACCUCAAAAAUUCACCCCCGUUUAUUUUGGACAUUCUCCCCGAUACCUAUCAGAGACUAAGGCUGAUAUAUUCAAAAUACGAGGACAAUUUGCAGGCUCUUCACUCAAUUGAACAUUUUAAUAUAUUUAUUAUUAAUUUAAUGCGAAAGUGUAAGCAAGCUAUCAAAUUAUUUAAAGAAGGUAAAGAUAAAAUGUUCGAUGAAAGCUCACAUUAUCGAAGGAACUUAACGAAACUUAGUUUAGUGUUUAGUCAUAUGUUGAGUGAAUUAAAAGCACUUUUUCCAAAUGGUAUAUUUGCUGGUGAUUUGUUUAGGAUUACCAAGUCUGAUGCUGCAGAUUUUUGGAGAUCAAAUUUUGGAAACAGUACGUUGGUCCCAUGGAAAUUAUUCAGGCAACAACUUAACAACGUCCAUAGUAUCACUACUGGUUUAGAGGCGAUGGCGUUAAAGUCAACGAUAGAUCUUACUUGUAAUGAUUACAUAUCCAAUUUUGAAUUUGAUGUUUUUACAAGAUUAUUCCAACCAUGGGCGACGUUGCUACCGAACUGGCAAAUUCUUGCGGUUACGCAUCCUGGUUAUGUGGCUUUUUUGACCUAUGAUGAAGUAAAAGCAAGACUGCAGAGGUACAUAAACAAAGCGGGCAGCUAUGUUUUCAGGUUAUCAUGUACAAGAUUGGGACAAUGGGCGAUCGGAUAUGUGACUCCUGACGGAGAAAUCUUGCAAACGAUACCUCAAAAUAAAAGUCUGAUACAGGCGUUGCUGGACGGUUAUCGGGAAGGAUUUUACCUAUACCCAGACGGGAGACCUUUGAAUCCAGAUCUAUCGUACGCAGUUCAACCCAGCCAAGAAGACCACAUAGCAGUCACGCAAGAACAAUACGAACUUUAUUGCGAGAUGGGCAGUACAUUCCAAUUAUGUAAAAUAUGCGCCGAAAACGAUAAAGAUGUCCGCAUCGAACCUUGCGGACAUUUAUUGUGUACUCCUUGUCUAACGGCUUGGCAGGCAGGCUCCGAAGGGCAGAGCAGCCAAGGAUGUCCGUUCUGUAGGGCGGAAAUCAAGGGAACAGAACAAAUAGUAGUCGAUCCGUUCGAUCCCAAAAAAUCGCAUCAGAGGAAAGCUCUGAUAUCGAACGCGAGCGGCAACAAUAUUUCCAACAAUUUCGAUGACGAUGAUCUGGAAUUAGAGGAUACUGGAGAGAUAUGGAAUUUCGCAGGAAGUAGUUUGCAUGCCCUGUCCAUAAUUCCUAGGAGUGAAAUAUCGAGUUCAGCAAGUCCGAUGAUUUCCCCCGGCAAUAGCCCUCGGUGUUUACGCAGAAAUAUACCAGUAGUCGUUCCUCCAGCUGCACCACCUCCAUUACCACCCAGAAAAAGUUCUCCUACCCAUGAACAAACUAUUUUACCGACAGUGUCUAGUUCUAGUAUACGAAACGGUGUGAGACUUGGUGAAGCCCAAUCAGUGACCAACCUGACGCAUUGCAACAUCGAAGUGCCUCAAAUACCGAAGAGCAAUUCCAUGCUGAAUAUCGAAUUACAUAGGGCUAGUAGUGGAGAACAUGAAGUUGAACUAAGCUCUCCAGAAACAAUUUAUGGUGUAGUGAUUCAAAACAGCGAUUAUUACGAUCGCGGUAGUAUAGCGACGACAGAAACCAAACUUCCUAACCGUCAUUUAAGUUGUCCAUCAAAUCGAAGCCAACCUAAAGCUCCCAGACCUCCUAAGUCCAAUACGACACCGAAUAUCAGCCAAGAUAGUCACGCCUUGCAAUACGAAAACAUAGAAUUAGAGGUGCCUCCGAAAAUACAACAACGAAUUAAUCCUUUAGAAAGGGAGACGAAUGUUUCCUAUGAAAAUAUAAAUAUGGAUUAUAUUAAAAAGUUGGUGAGCGAGGGUUAUUCUCGCGAUUCUGUUAUUAAAGCGCUGGGAAUCACGAGGAAUAACGUCGAUAUGGCGUGUGAUAUUUUACAUGAGUUUGGAACCAAACUGGGAUAG